UUCAGAAAACACUUGAAUUUUGUUGACUUUUGUAGAGUUAGUGUAGAAAAGCAUAAGUGCUUUGAAGAGCACAUGUUUUCAAUGAUUGGAUCGCUUUUUAAAUUAUUAUUUAUUGUUUUUGACGACAAUUAACACAAUUAUAGCGAACGAUGGAUAAGGCGUUGGUUAACAAUCAGAUAGUUUUGAUGCGAAAAGUGGUGCGAAAAGCGAAAUGUUUUGUUUACCAAAAACUUGUCAAACAAUUGAGAAAAUUGAAGACAACUUCCAACAAAUCGGACGAAUUGUCCGCAAAAUAUGCACAAAAGAUACUCAACAAAGAGAAACAUAUGAUUGCUUUGAAAGGCGUUAAUGUGGACGAAGUGUCCAAACAGGCGCUCAUUCACGACAAGACAUACUUUGACGAUAUCAUCAAAAGUAGUAAGAGUUGUCUUGAAUUGAAAUGUUUGGCCAAAAUCGCGGUCAACGAAGACGUCUGGAAAGCCGUCAAUAAGUUUAAGGAAGAGAACCCCAAUUGUGACCAAUGGUUGCCCUCACAGAUAGAGCUCUGGCACCAGAAGAAUGCCAUCAAAAGAAAUACAAUUCUCAAAAAGAAAGGGUUGAAAAGCGAAGACAAUGUCGACACAAAUGAAGCGGAAGUUCCAGAGAAGAUAAAUAAUGAAUCGGAUCUCAAGAAAAUUGAUGUCAAACAGAAGAAAAAGUCGGAUUUAAAUCAGAAUAAUAUUAAAUCUAAACCUAAGGAACCGAUUAUUAAGAAGAAAGAGAUUAAGAAAAAAGAAGCGAUUCGUGAAACGGAAGAGAAAGUGGAGCCGAAAAAAGUGAAAUUUGAUCCAUUCUUCAUCACCGAUGGAAUGGAUGACAACGAAGAACAGUCUGACGAUAGUAUUGUUAGAAAUGAUAGGCAAAUGAAUGCGUAUUCGCAAAACAGAAGAACGAGAAGACAGCAACAGUUUAAUCAACAAAACUUCUCACAACGAAUUGAAAAGAAUGGUUCCAGAAAUGACUUCAAACCAAAUAAUAAGACGAAGACUUUUGGAAAUAGUGUGGCCAAAACGAGUGGUAAUACCGGCGAUAAUGAGAGUUCGGGCGAAUCACUGCACCCCUCGUGGGCCGCAAGACGUUCGGCAAAAGACAAGUUUAAGAUUAAUUUAAAUGACAAACCAAUGGCUAAAAAGAUAAAAUUCACUGAAAACUAA